UUACUAUAAAUACAGGAGUAGUUAGUUAGUUAAUGAAUAAAUACAUUUAAAGCUCCGGUAUACGUUAUGUUAACGUUGAAAAAAUGUUUACUAACAACUGAAGAAUAGUCAUUGAAUGCGACUCCACAGUGGCGAUUUACCUUACGAUGGCGACUGUCGUGGAGCUGCUGAGUCUCUUGCUGGUGUCUUUGCUGUGGGGCUGCACCAACCCUUUCCUGAAGAGAGGUACAGAUGGGUUAGAAAAGGUGACAGAGACCAACAGAGUGUCACAGCUACUGGCUGAGAUCAAGUUUCUUUUCCUUAACAUCAAGUACCUGAUCCCUUUUCUUCUGAACCAGAGUGGCUCUUUGAUCUACUAUUAUACACUUUCCACCUCAGAGUUAUCGCUUGUUGUUCCAGUGGCCAACUCUCUCACCUUCCUUUGCACUCUGCUCACAGGCAAGCUACUGGGUGAAGAAUUUGGAGGCAAACAGGCAGUCGUAGGAAUGUUUCUCACCAUGGCAGGCAUCACUCUGUGUGUUAUAAGCUCCAUCGACGACCAAGACACUGGGAAGCAGGAUAUGGCUCAGCCUGUGCACUAACAGAGAUCAGAUUGAAUGGAAAUUCUUCUGUACCUUCAAAUGAUUCCUUAGAAGGGAAGGAGAAAAGGGCAUGGCAGAGUUAGAGCAGGACUGCAGGGGGCAAUUUAGAUUCCGGCAACGUCUCCUCAAAGCAACGGUUCUGGUGGGAGAACUGUGCCUGAAUGAACUCAGCGUGAGCUUCAGAAGAUGAAGUUGAAGGGGAAGCGGGUUCAUGUAGGGUUCACCGCAGAGCUAGAUUAGAUUUAUGAUGCUCACAUAAAAAUCAGUGGUUGGUGGUUGUUAACUUUUAAACACUCUGCUGCCCCACCAUGUGACUGGUAUCUGCAUAAAAAUAGGGACCACUGUCAAAUAAGGCUGGAGUUUGAAAUGGACCAAUUAGAUGUCACCUCCUGGUUAAGCAGGGGCAUUUUACUGCUGCUUCUUUCUGUCUGCUGUGAUGUGUGUUAAGCACAGAAGAGGACAAAUUGCUGUAUAGCAGGGGGAUAAUGCUUUUUUUCCUUGUAUACAUGAUGUAUUACUGAGGUAGACGUACCACUGUUAUUUUUAUAAAGUGAAAUUUUCUUUCUUUGUGAAGGAAGAGUAAUAAAAGACUUAGUUGCUAUAAGGGUGAGUGACCUUGAUUGACCACAAGUUGUUCAGUAUUCAGAAAUAAAUUACAUCCAUAGUAAUAUAUAUUUUUAUUGUCACAGUAUUUAAUUGACGCAGAGCACUGUACAGAUGACUUUGUUAUUGUUGCAUCUAUUCAGCUUGUCGUGUAGCUGAUGUUUUAAUAAUAAAUUGUUGGCAAAACAUGA